ACGAUAGUUAGAUUGUUCCUGGUUUGGUUUUGUUUUUCCCUUUUCAUUUUCUUCAAUACUCUCGUCUGCUGUGUGACAAAGUCAUCGCCUGUGUUCCAUGUCUUCUUAUCGUCCCAUGGAUUUAUCGUAAUGUUCUUAUGGGCGCUGUUCACAGUGUCUCAAUUCAAAAGGUGCAUUGGAUUUACAAUGGACCGGCUUUAAAUCGUUAAUUCAUUUCUAGCCAUGGAUGUAACGGAUUAACGGGUGCUGGUCUUCUCGUCUGCUGGAGAUCAAGGAAACUGCUUCCUGGCGGAGAGAUCUGCCAAACAUCCUGUUAGCCCCUACAACCAUUGAGUUCCAGAAGAUCAAAUUUGGAGUUUUAAUAUUGUUUCAUAAAAAGUGAUAAAAUAUUGUGUCUUUGUGUGACCUGUGUGUUAUUUUUAUAAAGUUACUUACUUGACCUAGUUAGUCACACAAGAUCGUCUGCUGUUGAUUGUAUUAUUUCUGGAUUUACCCGAUCUUCAGAUAGGGUCAUGGUGGAAUCGAAGGGACUCUGGCUCGAAACUCGAAGACUGGGAUUCUUAAUCUCGGGAUUUCUAAGACGCCCCUGAGUAAACCCACCUCUAGAGGGCAUCCGAAAGAAUUUUGGAAAAGUGAAGACGAUUGGUUGUUGGACACAUGGGACUCUUCUUAACUGUUGGCUAUAGAAACAGAUAACCUUUUUAUCUUUUCGAUAGAUGUCAAGGUUUUUGAAAAGUUUAUAAACUUAUCUCCCCUAGUUUCAGUUUGUGUCGACCUCCAUAGCUGUGCACGUCACAGAUUACGUCAGAUGUAACUUACCAGGACCAUGAUCGUCUGACACGCCUAUUUUAGAUCGUCUGCAAUCAGUUUUAUUUCUAUUUGGAUUUACACACCUACAGAGACUUAGGAACGAUAAUUCCUAAUGAGGGUUUACACGCGGUAGUUCCGAGUGUUCUCCUAAACGAGUUGUAUCCUCAUCAGUGACGUAGAGAACAGAAGAGCAAUGGCUGCAAGAUGAGGUACUUGUUACCACGGAAGUUACGUCACGGCCGCCGAAAAGCCAUCCUCAAUAUAAGAACUGGAUUAGUCCCACUGUCAAGGGUAUCUCCAGUAGAAGUGAAUUACAAACGUUAGAUCCCUUAGUCCAAUGAGAAAGGUCCUGCAGAUGACCUUACAAUACUAAACCAACGCUCAUCUAUAUUCUAUACAGUAGCAUCUGCGCUACUUACCCUUGGAAGACGCCAAAACGAUUAUCUUCUCUUGCAUAUUAUCUCCCUGAUGUCACUCCUGGGUCACUCUACGGGAUGUCAUUCCAGAUGUCACAGGACUCUGUGACUUGUGCGACCAACCCACCCCCCGCUGCGACUCUCCUGUUUCCUUCUGUGAAGUAAAGAAGAGUUAGAGCGUGGGAGAGCUCCAGUGCUGUCAGGAACUGUCGAGUCGCUGCGACAAUGAACCUCGCCGACGCGGACAACCGCGUCAUCAUCAACGUGGGCGGCAUACGCCACGAGACGUACAAGGCCACCCUGAAGAAGAUCCCGGCCACGCGCUUGUCCCGGUUGACCGAGGCCCUGGCCAACUAUGACCCGGUCCUUAACGAGUACUUCUUUGACCGGCAUCCAGGGGUCUUCGCCCAAAUUCUCAACUACUACCGCUCGGGUAAACUCCACUACCCCACAGACGUGUGCGGCCCACUGUUUGAGGAAGAGCUGGAGUUCUGGGGGUUGGACUCGAACCAGGUCGAACCGUGCUGCUGGAUGACGUACACCCAGCAUCGGGAUACCCAGGACGUACUGGCCAUCCUUGACCGCCUUGACCUGGACACAGAUAAACCCACGGAGGAAGAGAUUAUGAAAAAGUUCGGUCUGGAGGAGGAAUACAAAAGCGGCGAACUAAAUUGUUGGCAGCGGAUUCAGCCCAAGAUUUGGGCGUUAUUCGACGAACCAUACUCUUCAACUUCCGCCAAGCGUCCGAUAUUAUCGAGGAUUAUUGCCGUCAUUUCCGUCUUCUUCAUCGUCAUCUCUAUAUUAUCAUUCUGCCUAAAGACCCACCCAGAGAUGCGGGUGCCGGUCCUGAGAAACGAAACGUCUCAGACCGGGAAUGGGAGCUACACCUGGCGCCUGCAGAAGCUCAAGACGGAGCCUCACGAGGCGUUCUUUUACAUCGAGUGCGCCAGCAACGCUUGGUUUACCUUUGAGAUCAUCAUCCGCUUCGCGGUGGCGCCCAACAAGCUCCGGUUCCUGAGGGCGCCCGUGAACGUGAUAGACAUUGUCGCCACGCUCAGCUUCUACCUGGACUUCUUCCUGACCGAGAUCGAGCAGGAGAGCGAGAUCCUGGAGUUCUUCUCCAUCAUCAGGAUCAUGAGGCUGUGCAAGCUGACGCGGCACUCGGCGGGGCUUAAGAUUCUCAUACACACAUUUAAGGCCAGCGCCAAGGAGCUGAUUCUUCUCAUUUUCUUCCUAGUUCUAGGGAUUGUCAUCUUCGCCGCGCUCAUCUACUACGCGGAGAGGAUUCAGUACAACCCGGAUAACGACUUCGAAAGCAUCCCUGUGGGCCUGUGGUGGGCCAUCGUAACCAUGACCACCGUGGGCUACGGCGACAUGGUUCCCAAGACUUACGUGGGCAUGUUCGUCGGCGCCCUCUGCGCCCUGGCCGGCGUGCUAUGCAUAGCCUUGCCGGUGCCGGUCAUUGUGUCCAACUUUGCGCUCUUCUACUCCCACACGCAAGCCAGAUCCAAGCUGCCCAAGAAGAGGCGACGAGUUCUUCCCGUGGAGGCGCCCCGACCGAAAGGCACGAAGGCGCCGGGCAUGGCAGGUGGCGGCGGCGGCGUAGGAGGACCUCAAAAUAGGAGGAUGAACGCCAUUAAACAUAAUCAUCCGGGUGCGUUGGAUGUUAAAAUGAACCGUAUAGCUCACGGGGGUGCCCUACAGGAGCUGAUGCCCUUCCGUAGCCAUUAUAAUCACUUUGGAGUCCUCAUAGGCCACAAUGGAGAGGAAGCCAUCCCAAUGCUGAUGCUGAACCACACGGACAAGCUGGAUGGCCAGGCACGCUCCAGAGCAACAUCCAAUGCUGACAAGAUUGGUAAUCUCCUUGACCACUCUUUGACUGGGCCCAUCACUAGAGCAACUGACAUCAGAACCACUGAUAAUCAACCUUCUUCCACGGCCCUGUCCGGCCUUCUGGUCACUCCCAAUGCCCAGAUCACAAUGAACAACUCCACAGGGCCAACAGUCGCAACGUCUCCACAUGAUGACAAAUCUGAUAAAGCUUUUCCUGGCUCAUCAGACGGAGCUGUGAUUGAGCCAAUAGUCACAACCCUGCCCCCUUCAAACCUUAGCUCCUCCUCCUCUGUGACAGCCAAUCAAAACAUGGAACAACGAUCCUUAGCAGGAACUCCAACCAAUAGCAGUUCACCAUCAGCACCUUCUUCUAAUAAUUUAGUAGCAGUCAACACAUAGCCCCUCCUGGAUUAGAAACUUAUAGUUUUGUUUGCCUCGAUCUUGUUUAUUUAUAUAUAUAUAUACAUAUGUAUACAUAUAUAUAUAUAUAUAUAACUUCUGUUAUGUAGAAGAAAAAAAAAAACAAUUUUUUUUUUAUUUUGUUGUUGUUAUGUUUUUUGUUUAACUUUGCCUUGUCUGAUAUUUGUACUAUGAGUAAUGAAGCAGACGUGAAAUUCACACAUAAGUUAUUUUUUUUGUUUUCUCUGGAAUAAUGUAACAUACUGCAUUAAUGAUUUUUUUUUUUUCAUUUUAGUUAAUGUUAUAAAUAUGUCAUUAUUCAUUCAUUUAGACUAGCCCCCUGAUUGGCUUUUGUUAAAGGUUUAUUUCUUAAUUCUGUAAGUGCUGAUGACAUUUUUUUAUUGUGAUAAUGAGAACUUAUUACUGUUCUAUAUUUUUAAACAGAGCAGAUACUGGCUGUGUGACCCUGAUAGGGCAAGUUAACAGUAUUGUCUUUAGUGUGUCUUCAAAAAAUCAAAUAAAUAAAUAAGGAAGACUAUACAUGUAUACACUACAGGAGAACAAGGACAAAGGGAGAUAAAUUUUUGUUCUGUAUAAUUCCAAGAAUGUGUUGUUCUUUUUUUAACUUUCAUACAUAUGCAUCAGAACUGUUAUGGUCAUCUUUAUAUAAUAUGAUAUUUAUUUUCCUUUUAUUUUUAAUUUAAGAAACAAAAUGUUUGCUGCAAAUACUGAUAUUACAAAAAGUUUUCAAUAAGUAUCCAUUAGAGUGAUUAGCUUAUAUGUGAUAGAGAAGAGUGGAAUAUAAAAUUCAGAUUGUAGAUGUAUGUGAGGAUGUCCCUAGGGAUAUAUGCCAUCAAAGUCUUUGAUUUGAUUAAUGCUUUUAAUGUCAGAGAACAUGUUUCUUAGUAAGGAAGGAAAUUCCUUUAGCCAUUUGUUGUUGAAAACAGUUAUAUAAAACAUUAUUAAUAAUAAGUCAUGAUUAUGAUUAUUUAAUUAGUUUCUUGAAGAAGCUUAGAAAAUGAAUGACUGUGCACAUUAAUAUUUUGUAAAAAGUCUUCUUAUAAUAUUUUUUUCUUUUGUAAACAGACUUUAUUUUUCUUGAUUCUUUUCAAUAUGAGAAUUAGUAGGUUUCUGUAAAUGUCAGCAAAUAUGUAGCAUAAACAAUUAUUUUUAUAUAUAUUUUAUCAAUAUAGGGCUUUAUUAUACACCCUUUUGUUAAGAAUGAAAGUUUAAAAAAAAGAAGAGUAAAAAAAAUUACUAUGUACAUUCUUUCUAAUAUUUUUAUAAUUGCAUUCUAUAUAUUUAUUAGUUACAUUAACCAAAAUUUUAACAUUUUUUAUUAUUUUUGCGGUUUCUUUUUUUUUUUUGUUCUAGUAUUAAAUAUAAGACCAUCAACUGAUUCCUAGACUUCCAAAAAAAAAAAAAAGAAAAAUAUAGUUUGACCAAAGAUAAUUAUAAUAUUGAAAACAACUCCUCAACAACUGCUGAAUAGAUGUUGCUUGCUUGGGCUUUUUUUUUGUUUUCUCCAUAAGGUAAUGGUACAUAGAAAAAGUAAAAACAAGACACCCUGCUCGUUAACCAUUGGCCAAAGAAACAGAUGACCUUAAUAUCAUCUGUCAUACAGGUCGCACAGUCUGAAAGGGAACUUUACUUUUUUUUAUUUUACAUAGAAAAAAAGUAUGAUUUGGAUGUGGUCUUUGAGUUCAGUAAGAUUUUAAGUUGUGUAGUUAGUGAGACACAUUCAUUUAAAAUUUUAAGUUCUAAUCUUUGUAAUGACUUAAUUUAUUUUUUAAUUACUAUUUAAACACAUGAGGCUAAUUGAUAGGUAUGCAUGCAUCUAUUUUGCUUAAGUUAGUCUUUUUGGUGCCAUAUCUUGCAAUGCCUUAUUGCACUAGGCAUUUUUUUAAAAAGUUUUAUCAACAUCUCUGGAGAUCUCAUUGGAAUUUUCUUCUUCCACUAGCUGAUUUCACUGUUGAGCUGUUUGGCCAUUUAGCAGUUUUUGUCUUGAAAAAAAAUUAAAAUAUAGAUCUUUCCCAAUGAUUCAUACUGCCUUACAGGUUUUGGGUUUUACUUGAUUGCUGAGGUAAUUGAGUUUAGGUUGCGUAGCUCUAUUAGUAAAGUUUCAACUUUGUUAUUGUUUAAUUAUUCAUCUUAAGAUCAGCUAUUGUGAUGCAGCAUAUCAUUGCUCGUAUACUGGUCAGGAUAAGUUGCAACUUGAUUUUUAUUCUGAGACACUUUUCAUUUAACAGAUCCACUUUGUAAUCUUCAUUUGUCUCCAUGAUCAAACCUUCUAUAUUCUAUAUUUAUUUUUAGUUUUAUGCAUUGGCAACUUUGUUCUUGAACAACUAAUAAUAUUGGCCUUCAUCAGUCAUAAGAUGACUGACCCCUUUCAGUAGAUAACUAUGCCUCACCUCAUGUGGAAUCAGACAAGAUGAGAGCCUGGGACUUGACUAUGGUCAGAAUGUUGUCUCCCUUUCAGCAGCUCCCUACUACAAUCAUAAGCUUGGCUGUUUUGAAAUUCUCUUCUUUUAAAAAUUUUCUAAAGGUUUCAAUUUCCUCUUUUACAUUCAAGCAGAAAAAAAACCCUUUUCAAUAGUUUAAUAGUAUUGAUAGUGCAGUCUUGACUCCUUUUUUUAAAAUACUAUUGUUCAUAUCUUAUAAGAAUAUGUAAACUAAUCAGUCCAGCAUAUAUGCCUUUGCUAGAACGAACGUUUCUAAAUAUCUUUGCAUCAGAAAUGAUGCAGUUGAAGUGAAAUUUUUCUUUCAUUGUGAGUGCUUUUAUUACCAAUAUUGCUAAUAAGCAUUGUGGCCAGGUGGUGUUAAGGAAAUCUUUUCUAGAUUUAUGUUUCAAGAGAUUCCUUCUUUAACUCUUUCUCUCCAUUAUUAUUUAACAUGUUCUGAUGGAAUCAACAUUAGUAUCGUCAGUUAAGAGAGAAAAAAGUUAAGCACUAGAAAAAAAUUUUGUCAUAAAUGAAUAGUCUUUAAAAGUAAGAAAUGAUAUUAUAAAUGACAAUUAGCCUUUUUGGCAACAGGAUGUGCCUGGAAUUUUAUUUAAUAUUCUGAUUAUUAUAAGUGCUCUCGUUUAAUUUUUUUUUUCAUAAAUACAUUGCCAUAUUUAGUCACUUUUGUUAGUUUGGUUUCAGAUUUUUUUUUAUAAGUGAUAGGAAAUAAUGAAUGUUUUUAGGAUAUAAAAUUUGACCUAAAUAUGAAUAAAUGUCUCUUCCAAUCAUCUAUUUAUUAUUUUUUUCCAGAAAUUUUACCAUACCCUCUGUUAAUGCAAAUUUCAAUCAGUGGAAAAUUAGGGUUAGGAUGGAUCUGUUAUAAGUAAUUUAUUGUUGCCACAAUGAUCACAAUUUUUCUGUAUAUUUUCUUUUAUAUUGGUUUAAAAAGAAAAACCAUGUGGUGAUUGAACAAAAUGUGUUGCUGCUGGAUGCUGGGAACAGGAUGAGUAGAUAAUAUAUGAAAUUUAAUUCUUUGGUUUUGGAUUGAUUUUCAUCUUUCAUUCACAUGCUCACAUGUUGUUGUUUUUUUUUUGUUUAGUUCAGGGCUUUGUGUUUUAAUUUUAUUUCAAUUUCAUGUGAUGCCGCUUCCAGCUGUCUGUUACUCAUCACAUAAGAUUGAACCUUCAUUAUGUUCAUUCAUUCAAUUAAUUGUGUACAAAAAAAAAAAUAAUUGACUGUGAUGACAUCUCAUUAUUAUUUUUUGUUUGUCAUUAAUGAAUUUUAUCAGCUGUGAUGAUGAACAUUAAUGUGUAAUUGUACUGCAAUCGAAAGUGGAAUGGAGAGAAAAAAAUUAAGAAAUUCUUGAAUCUUAUGUUUUUAUUUGAAAUUCAUGUAAUUACUAUGACAUUGUUUCUAUGAACUUUGACCGCAGAGUAGCCUACUACUAUGGUUUGUGUACAUACAUGGUGAAGGAAAUAAUUUUUUUUUUGUUAGUGAAACUUAGCAGAGUCUUAUUAGGCUUAUCUCAUUUACAAUUAUAGCACUCAACUCAUGUCAGAGGUGAGGGAACUGUGCUUUGCACGUGGCUCACUCAAUCAAAAAUUGUCUGCUGUUUUAAGUGUAAAAUCUUUUGCUAUAAUUUAUGUCUAUUGAGUGAGUGCAGCACCAGGGCCAGCCUUUGAUAAUUAGAGGCCCUAGGGAAAGGGAAUUUGGUGGCCCCAAGUGAAAUAGAAAAACGAAAAAUAAGGGGAAAAAAUAGAAUUACACAAUUUAUUUCAAACCUAGUGGGCACAAGUCUCACUAUUUCUUCUUUAACAAAAUUGUUUUGAGUGCUAUGUGAGGCCCAUAACAAUCGGAGGCCCUAGGCAGUAGCCUAGUCUGCCUAUACCUAAGGCUGGCUCUGGAGGCACUACUGCCUUUAUGAUGAAAUGCAUUUUUUUAGAUUAUUUUUUUUUGAGAAACAGUUUAAAAGUUUUUUUAAUUAAUUAAAUCUAAUUGUCCACCACUUGUUAUACAUUGCUGAACAUUAUUUUAAUUAAUUAUGAAAUAGAGUUUUUUUGUAAGUAAAAGACAACAAAAUGGAUAAUGAGGGAAUAAAAAAACAACUAAUGGCUAAAGCCAACUUCAUUUCAAAACAUUAAAUUGGCUAUUAUAUCUUUACAAUAAAAAUGAAAUCUAAAUUUUGCUAUAAAUAUAUAUAUACAUAUUAUAUAUAUACUGUAAUAAAUGUCUCUUUACUCCUUUUUAUUUUAAAUAAUUAGUGUUGGACUUGAAAACUCUGGGUUUUUUCUGAUCACAGAUGUCUAUGUAUUUAAAACAACAGACAUUUUUUUUUACCACAGCUAUUAUUAUUAUAUUAUUAUUAUUAUUAUUAUUACAAAAGUUUGUAUUGCCAUUGGGAAAAACAAUAUGAUAAUUAUUACUUUAUUACUGUCACUGAUAUUUUUUUAUAUCAAUAAAUGUGAUAGAUACCUUUUACUUAGUGAUGUUCAUUUGAAAUCUCACCAAUCCAAUGAUAACACUGGACCACAAUAUUUAGAUUUGCUUUCAUUUUGAAAUAGAAUCUCAUUGAUCACAUUUUACCUCCUCUUCCAUCCUCCCUGUUCUCAAGCAACUUUAAAUCAUAACCUAUCAUAAGCUAGUCUGUAGUGUUAUUCUUUCAAACCAAUGUGUCCACUAACAAACUAGCAAGCAACUGAUUUGAUAAUAACCAUUUUCUCAAUUUUUGUAAUUCUAACUAGGAAGCUAAAAAUAGCUCAAGGGAGAUAUCAUGGAAUCUCCAUAUUGAUGAAACCAUUAGGAUUUAUUAAAAGAAAUUUCUAUAAAUCAAAUAACAACUUUAAGCUAAAAUGCAAUUUCAUCUUUGUUGGGCCAAUAAUAGAAUAUACACAUAUCAUCUGGGACCCCUCAACACGGGAAAACAUUAAGAAACUGGAACAGACACAAAAUAGAGCAGUGAGAUUCAUAACAAACAAAUAGAUUUAAAUCUUGCCCUGGGUUUUUAAUAAUAUUGGCAGUAAGCAAUCAUGGUACUCUCGGCUUAAUUGGGAAUAGAUCUUAUGUUACUUUGGAUUUCACUGAGAAAAGACCCUUCUGAAAUAUCAUCAAAUAUCUUGUAGGAAAAUUAAGUAACAGAGAGGAGUUUUCUCUGCAGCCACAUAACAGUAAUGCAAACUGUAGAAUAUGAAAGAUAAAUGCAACUCUCAUGUACUAUAUAGAUUUUUAGCCUAAAACUAAAUGGAAUCUUUAAGAAACUUAGGUUAGCUUAAAAGUAUAUUUUUUUCCAGACCAAAUCUCUUAAACAUUCACCUUUAUUCUUCCAUUUAUCUUCCUCUUUUUUCAUGGGAUACGAUUUCUCUGAAUUAAGCUAACUGAAGACAUGUUAACUCUUUUAAACUCAUCACACUAACACAGCAAAUUUAUAUAUAACUGAUUACUUUUGUAAAUAUUUGGGAAUAAGUUGUAGGUUAGACAGUUUAGGGUUAAAAUGUUUCUUCUUAUUCUCUACCCACUCAUUAUGCUUUUCAAACUCUUGUUAGUUAUAUUUUUACAAGGCAAAAAAAAAAAAAUCCUUUAAAAUUUAAUUCUGCUUUGUUUCUUACCUAAUUUGUUCAUCUUAGUGCUACAUAAUAAUUACUGAAUGAGGUUACAGAAAAGUAAAAAGUAGGCUUAAUAAUAAUAAUAAUAAUAAGGCUUGUCUUAGAGUCCAUAGAUUGAUCAGGAAUGCAGUAUUUCUAGUGGCUACGCUAGGCUUAAAUAGAUUUACAAUGAUAUUUUAAAAAUAUAAGAUAAUAAUUUAAAAUUAAUUAUUUAUUUAAAAUUUCUGGGAUUGCAAUACAAGGAUUCUUACCACCCAACCCCUUUUAUCAACCAUUGACCUUUUCACUUAUCAUAAAUAUUCAUUUUUUUUUUAUAUCGAUUUAUAGAGAAAUCAAUCGCACCACAUUUCUUAUCAAUUUCACUUGUAUUAUUAUUACUAUUAUUACAAUUAUUAUUAUAACUCUUGCUAUUAUCCAUUUACACCCACAGUCAUUCUUUAUUCUUAUUCUUUUCAUUAUUAUUCUUGCAGAAUUUCAUCUUCAAAUUUAUUUUGAUUUUUUUUUUCAGUUUAUGACUAAAAUAAACAUGAGUGCUAAAC